UAAUCAUGGAUGUAUCUUUCAACACGUUUGGAAAUUUUUACUAAUCCAUUGAACCUUGAUAAAUUUUCAAAUAAGUGCAUUUUUUGUACCUCAAUAUAAAAGGCUAAGUAAUGAUGCUGAUAUUCUUGUACACACAAUGGGAGAUGAAAUCAAGGAAAAGGUGAAGGAAGGUGAAUUACAAAAGCAAAUCAAAUAUAGAGGAGUAAGGGUAAGGCCAUGGGGAAAAUGUGCGGCAGAGAUUCGAGAUUCGGCUAGGCAUGGAGCUCGAGUUUGGCUUGGUACAUUUAAUACUGCUGAGGAAGCUGCGAGAGCUUACGAUCGUGCUGCUUUUAAUAUGAGAGGUUCUUCGGCUAUUCUUAACUUUCCACAUGAACAUUUUCCUUCUAAGCCCUCUUCUUCUUCUUCCAAUUCAACCUCAUCAUCUGCAAAGGUUAAAUCAAAGCUUGAUGAACAAGUUAUAGAGUUUGAGUAUUUAGAUGAAAAAUUGUUAGAGGAACUCUUGGACUGUGAGAAUACCAUCAAUCACAACUGGUUCAAGUAGGAGUUACUUGACUUAGGCAUGAUUUUGUUUUACUUUUGAAUCGUAAAUUAGUACUUAAUGUCAAUUUAGUACUUUAUAAUAGAAUUGCUUUGUUGUUACACAAUGUUUAUUCA